UAUAACAUACAUUCUAAUCGGGUCUCGAGCUAUAGCGAAUAGUGCAAAAACAACUGAACUGGCUAGUGAAGAUGCCGAUGAUAGCUGUUGGCAGUAUCGGAGACUCUUUCAGUAUUGGUUCCAUCAAGGCCUAUCUAUCUGAGUUCAUUGCUACUCUUCUUUUCGUUUUUGCUGGUGUUGGUUCUGCUAUUGCUUACAGUAAGCUUACAGCAGACGCAGCUCUAGACCCACCUGGCCUGGUGGCUGUGGCCGUGGCUCAUGCUUUUGCACUGUUUGUUGGGGUAGCCAUUGCAGCCAACAUCUCAGGGGGACACUUGAAUCCAGCUGUCACCUUUGGAUUGGCUGUUGGAGGCAACAUCACCAUCUUAACUGGCAUUUUCUAUUGGAUAGCCCAGUGCCUUGGCUCCAUCGUGGCCUGUCUCCUCCUCCAAUUCGUGACUAAUGGCAAGAGUGUCCCAACCCAUGGAGUUGCAUCCGGCAUGAAUGCUUUUGAAGGAGUAAUAAUGGAGAUUAUCAUAACCUUUGCACUGGUGUACACGGUUUAUGCCACAGCUGCUGACCCCAAGAAGGGCAAUUUGGGAAUUAUAGCACCCAUUGCAAUUGGGUUCAUAGUUGGUGCAAACAUCUUAGCUGCCGGUCCAUUUAGCGGCGGAUCGAUGAACCCAGCCCGAUCAUUUGGCCCAGCUGUGGUAAGCGGAGACUUCUCAGAGAACUGGAUCUACUGGGUUGGUCCAUUAAUUGGUGGCGGGCUGGCUGGGCUUGUUUAUGGUCAAAUUUUCAUUGGGUCAUACAUCCCAGCCCCAUCUUCUGAAGACUAUGCCUAAAUUAGCUGUUGGCAUUUUGCUUGCUUCUGUGUCUCAUCUGGUUUCUUACUUUUGGGUGUGGGCUUGAAGAGAGUGUGCUUUGUACUUCAUAAUAAUGAAAAUGUAAAUAAUAAAAUCCAAAUUGAGUUUUCAAAUCUUCUUGUUAUUAUAUUUUUCAUUUAGUUGUUUUUAUUUGUGUGGUUAUUGUUUUUUAUUAAAUGAUUGGCUGGUAUAUAUAAAUGCUUUCAA